AUGCCUGUCCUCAACUUGAGUGAGCUCAACAUUGUGCUUGGCGUUCUUGGCGCCUUCACAGUCUUGUAUGGCAUCUUAUCCGUCAAAAUCAAGCAGGCAUGGUAUCUUGGCGAAGCUCUCCCUGCCGUCGUUGUGGGCAUCAUUCUGGGCCCGCUUGCCGCCAAAUUCCUCGAUAGCGAACGAUGGGGUUCUGCCGAGGCCGGGCAGACCAAUGCUAUAACGCUGGGCGUCGCACGCGUCAUGAUCGGCGUGCAGCUAGUUAUUGCGGGCUACCAGCUGCCUGCCAAGUACAACUGGGUGCGCCGCAAGGAGAUGGCCCUGUGCCUGUUACCCAUCAUGACAAUGAUGUGGCUAUGCACAUCGGCAUGUGUACUUGCGACGGUCCCUAAACUUACCUUCCUUGCAGCCCUCGUCAUUGGAAGCUGCGUAACCUGCACCGAUCCCAUCCUUUCACAGGCUAUCGCCAAGGGGCCAUUUGCGGAUAAAUAUGUUGCCCGCCCCCUGAGGGAGAUUAUCUCGUCAGAGGCGGGAGCCAAUGACGGCUUUGGAUUUCCCUUCCUCAUGUUGGCUACGUACCUCAUCCGCCAUGCUGAUAUCGACGGUGCUGGCACCGAGAACCAUGGACAUGAGGCACGGUCCGAGGCUGUUGGUCGGCUCGGGGGGGGCCCUGGGGAGGCCAUCAAGCAGUGGGUUAUCGAGACCUGGCUGUACAUUGUCCUCAUGUCGGUUGCCUACGGCAUUGUCGUGGGAUUCGCGGCCUGCAAGGGCAUUCGCUUUGCGCUGAAGCGAAAACUUGUCGACAGCGAGUCGUACGUCCUUUUCCCAGCAGCACUCGGGCUCUUUCUUGUUGGCACCUGUGGUGCCAUAGGCACAGACGACUUACUAGCCUGUUUCGUCGCUGGCAGCGCACUCAACUGGGACGGUCACUUCCUCGAGGAGACGAUCCAGCGGCACGACGAGGUCAACUCGUGUAUCGACGUGCUCCUCAAUUUCGGUGGGUUUAUGUAUAUCGGUACCAUCAUCCCUUGGUCAGAGUUCCAUGAUCCAGAUGGCACAGGCCUGACCUACCCCCGGCUUAUUGCUCUUGGCUUCCUUGUCCUUGUUCUCCGUCGAAUCCCAGCCAUUAUGAUCAUGUACAAGGUCAUGCCGGCAGUCUGUCAGAAUUGGAAAGACGCGCUCUUUAUGGGCUACUUCGGUCCUAUCGGUGCCGGCGCUGUCUUCUAUGUCGAGCAUGCAAGGCACCAAUUUCCCCAUCUUGGGGAAGGCGACGAGGAGGAAAGCAAUCUCGUCAAGGCCAUGGGUCCCACCGUUUACUGGCUGGUCUUCUUCUCAAUUGUGGUCCAUGGGCUUUCCAUCCCAGCUUUAAGCAUCUUCUACCAUUACAUGGGCGUACAGCCAAUCCAGGAUGAGAAUGACGUUGUGGAGGUCCGGAGAGCCUCACUGCAGAUCCCAGGACCCGUUAACUCGGUGCAGAUGGACGAGAACGUCUUCCUUACCUAUAAUAGUUUUAGUGUCCCAGUACGCAGUGAGGGAUUGCCGCUGGAAGAGGAUAGACAGCGUGAAGAUAUGCAGAAUACAGAGUUGACGGAUGGCGCUCAGGAGCGUAACGAGGACGAAAAGGAGAAGAGAAGGCGGAGAAGGACAAUUCGGUACAUGGUCUAG